UUAUUUUGAUGUUAUACUGCCCAACACACCAAACAUUCCCGAAUGGAAGAAGCAGCUUUCGACAAGCGAUUACCAUUCACCUGUAAACGUACUUGGGGCCAACGAGCUGGCCAGUAUUUGUUGGAGAGAAAUUGGGCACGAAAAUUAUUACAGCCGCCGGUUCGGAGCGUCUGCAGCAGGCAACAGCAAACAAAAUUAACAAAAUUCUGUGGCAUCAUGUAUAGGCUAGCGGCAAAAGAGCAGUGCAAGUGCGCGAUGCAGCGUGCGUUGCAUCCAGCAAGCAGCAGGCAAUUCAACAGCAGCAGCAACAGCCAAAGCAGCAGAAACAGCAGCAAUGGACAGCACCAACAGAGGCAACACAGCAGCCUGCCACCACCACCAAGGAAUGCACGCGAAGCUGGCUUUGGCAAAGUGAUGUUCCUAUUGACACCACUGGCUGCAGUCGGCGGCGUCAUUACCUAUGCCAAAUAUGAUGCUGAGUUCCGCAAAAUGGUUGAGAAAAAUGUGCCCGGUGCGGAUGCAGUCAUCAAAGUGGCACUGCAGGAAGAGCCGCCAUUCAUGAGUGUCAGGCAAAGUGUAAACGAACAAUACGACAAAGUAAAAUCCUCAUUGAACAGUGUGUCGGACACUGUGAACUCGGCUACCUCUAAAGUAACUGGUCUCUUUGGUGGCAAGAGCGUGCCCGAGCCCACAUCCAACGUAAGCGAGCCUAAGGCAAAGCCAAAGGAAGCCCCCAAGCCUCAAGCACCGGUGCCUGUGUCCAACAAGAGUGAGCCUAAAGCUGCCGCUCCACCCAAGCCAGAACCAACUGCGUCAAAACCGAAACCUGAGCCACCCAAGGCGCAGCCACUGCCCAACAACGUUACAGAGCUUGAGAAGGCCAUUGAAUUGUCUGCACAGCUGGCCAUUAAAGAAUAUAAUGCUGCCAUCAAUGUACUCAAGGGCUUUAAUGAUGAUGUGCGUCGCGUGGUGGAUAGAGCUGUUGAGCAAGGUGAAAACACCCUCUGGACAACUUUAAGAAAUCGUGCCAGCGCACGGGAUACGGCUGUCAAAACGGCGGAGCGUGCAGCACGUGAAGCUCAGGAAAAAAUUGAAAAAUGUGAAAUUGCUUUGAGUGUAGCAGCCACGGCGCAAAAUCAAGAGAAGGUGGAGCUGGUGCGCAACAAGAUUAACAAGCUUGCUGAUCACAUUACCAAGGCAAAGGAUGAGCUUUAUCGGCAAAAGGAUGCAGCCAGCGUGUCCGAUAAAUAUUGGCGCAGUGUCGAGCAGGCACGCAAUUAUUUCAUUGAUGAAAUCGAGUCUAUCUUUCCGGGUGUCAAUCUAACCGAAAAGAAACUAAAUCUCUCCAAGGAGGACUUGGAUCUAUUCAUCUUGCAUGCCUAUACACAUGUGUUGGCCUAUCAAAAGGAGCUGCAGCGCCUGCAAACAGAUGGCGAGCUGCGUUUGAAGCGGGCAAUUGACUCGACACGUGGCGACAACAACUCUGAAGCGCUGCGCGCACAACUGGAUUACCAUCUGGAGGCGGAGAAGCGCAAGCUGGCUGUGGAAAAUCAAAAGAAGAUAUUCCAAAUACAUGCCGAUACUGACAAGCAGUUGCGCUUGCAGUUGAAGAAGCAAGCCGAGGCACACAUCGAUCACAUCAAGGAUAUUGUGGCGCAGCGUGAAACCGAUUUAACGCGUAGUUUUAAGCGUGAGCUGGACGACAAGUUGGCUGCCGAAAAGGCCAAUUACAAACUGCAGCUGGCUUCUAUGCUGGGCAAGCUGCGUGGCAUGGAUGCUGCUCUGGCGGAAAUUGAGGAUGAGUUUCAAGAACGCGCUGAGACCGAACGCUCAGCCAAUCAAGCGCAAGCUUUGUGGGCUGCCUGCCAAGCGCUUUGGGCUUCAGUGCGCACUGCCACGCCUGGUGUACACUACAAGGAAAAGCUGCGACCACUCAAGAAUGAGAUCAGCGCCAUAGCUAAAGUGGCUCAGGGUGAUGAGCUGGUGACCACCGUCUUGCAAAAUAUGCCAAAAGAGGCACACGAACGUGGAGUGUUUCCUGAAGAUGCUUUGCGUGAACGUUUCGUUAAUGUUGAGCGCAUUGCGCGUCGCUUAGCCAUGGUGCCAGCGGAUGGUGGCAGUCUGCCUAUUUAUUUCCUAUCCUAUCUGCAAUCCCUGUUUAUAAUGCGACCAGACAAUCCCAUUUCCAGGGAUGAGAUCGACAACAAGCCCUUCGAUUAUAGCAAAUUGGAUACCUAUGACAUAUUAAAUCGAACCAGAUACUAUGUAGAUCGCGGUGAUUUUCUGCAAGCGCUCAAGUAUGCGAAUCUGCUGCAAGGUGCUCCACGUGAAGUGGCCAGCGAUUGGAUGAAGGAGACGCGUCUCAUGCUGGAGACACAACAGGCGGCCAAUACGUUGAUGGCACAUGCCGCGGCCAGUGGUCUAUUGUAUUUGUAGAUUAUGUUUCCAAUUCACGUGACCCAUUUUUAUUUGCUAUAUGUUUUUAUUUCAUCGAUUGAAAUGACCGCAAAUACUUAAAACACAGAUUGUAAAAUUGUUUUAGCUGCAAUUAUAUAAAAUUAUAAACAAAUGAAAUGGGAAAAUAAUGAAGGCAUAGUGAAAAGAGUGCACUUAAAAUUUA